UUGCUCGUCUGCUAAACGUCAAUCGUCUGUUUUCAAAUUUCAUAAAAAAAAAAAAAUAAAUAAAAGCUUGUGUUUGGUUGUCAUGGCCACGAAUCUAACAGUUUUAAAUAAAUUUUUCCAAAAUGCCUGAUAAAAUGCUUGAUACGGAAGAAAAACUACCAAAUUCUUAUCCUAUAAAACCCCCACUUGACAAAAAGUUCAGACCAAAUGCAGUGAAGUCUAUAAUCCAAACCAUACUUAAUGAAGAACUAAGUGGAAAGCAGUAUGACGCUGAACAGAGUCCAGUAUGGUGUAGAUCAAUAGCAGAUAAAAUAAAGCAUAAAAUCAAAGAUCUUAACUAUUCUAGGUAUAAAAUAAUUGCACAAGUUCUUAUUGGAGAGCAGCGAGGAGAAGGAGUUCGGAUGGCUACAAGAUGUUUGUGGGAUGCAGAAGCAGAUAACUAUGCAACUCAAACCUUCAUGAGUGAUUCUCUUUUUUGUGUGGCAGUUGCCUAUGGAGUAUACUACUAUUAAAAAAAGAGCAUUGAACAAAUAAAAUUUAUCUUUGAAUAGUCAA